AUGUCCAUGUCCAUCACAUCAAAUCAAGUGCUUGCAGCCGCCGCCCUAGAACCCGGCCAUGGAAAAAAUGGCCACUCGGCUGAGCCUUAUCACUUGGACGCGAAACAUAGCGACAUCUGUUUGCUUGCUACAGCACAGCCCAAAGAGUACCAACUCAACUCUUACCGAUAUACCGAUAACCCUUACACAAUCGCAAACAUGCGGACGUCAGCACUUCUCACCAUCGUCCUUGCGACAAUCGUAUCCGCCCACAGUGUAAUCACCUAUCCAGGCUGGCGCGGCAACAACCUCAUCACCAACGAGACCUUUCCCUAUGGCAUGCAAUGGAUAUAUCCAUGUGGUGGUCACAAUGUUACGACAAACCGCACAUACUGGCCCACGACAGGCGGUGCCAUUGCUUUCCAGCCCGGCUGGUUCCGUGGUCACGAGACAGCAUUUGCCUACAUCAACAUGGGUUUCGGCGACGACGGUCCAGACGGUGGCCCUGCAAACAUGACUCUCCCCAUGGUCCCCAUGUUCCAGAUCCUCGGUCCCACCAACAAUCCAUUCCCUGGAACCAUCUGCCUUCCUCAGGUGCCUCUGCCAAAAAACACAACAGUAAAGGCCGGAGACAAGGCGACAAUUCAAGUCGUUGAACUCGCCGUGCACGGCGCAGCUCUCUACUCUUGCGUCGAUAUCAUCUUCGCAGAACCUGGCGACAAGAACCUCAAAGAGGUGAAUGAGACUAACUGCUUCAACUCGACCGAUAUCGGCUUCGCAGAGAUAUACACCAUCACGACCAAGGAAUCCGGCUCAGAUGAAUACGUGAGCGAGUCCGGCGCCACCCUUGCCUUCCGCCAACUGGGCUGGAUACCCUUGGUGGCAGCUGGUUUCUGGGCUUUUCUGCUAGCGUGA